AUGCAGAUUCCCCAGAUUUCUGUAAAGCAUGAGCGCGCCUCUUCUAUCAACUCGCUGAACGGGAUGCCAACCCCGGUUAGCACGUCGGGCCCCCGAUCCCCGCUAACCCCAACCGCCGAUGCGCGUACUCACAUCCUACCGAGUCCCCAAACUCAUAGUCGCCGUGUUUCAGAGGAUCGUUCUUCGAUGUCUGGCGAUGAUGAACGGAGAAUCAACUACAGCUACAAGCGCAACGAGGAGCCGGAGCGGAAUUCAGAAGGAAAAAUGAUCUGCAAACACCAAGACUGUUCCGGACUACUAUUCGAGCGCAGGUGUGAAUGGAGUAAACACAUGGACAAGCACGACCGGCCCUACAAAUGCAACGUCAAGGGCUGCGAAAAACUCCAAGGCUUCACCUACAGCGGCGGCCUACUGCGGCACGAACGCGAAGUUCACAAGAUGCACGGCGGCACCAAAAAGUCACUCUUUUGCCCGUUUGACGACUGCAAACGCAGUUCUGGCGCCGGCUUCACGCGCAAGGAAAACCUGGCCGAGCACAUUCGCCGCGUCCACCGCCGCACGAGCAUGUCAGCUGACAUGCACGGACUGAGGGUCCGCCGCGAUUCCACGGCCAUGACGGGCGCCAUGGAGAGCGCCGCACCCUCGAUUGCCGAGUCGCGCCGCUCGUCCGUGUCGCCGUAUAGUCGGCCGUUGGAGUUUCGCGAGGAGGAGGAUGUGGCUGUGAAGAGGAAGCGGGGCAGCGAUUACGGGCUCGGGGAGGUGCUUGGGGCGGAGGAGUUGAGGGCGGAGAUUAAGCGGUUGAGGUUGGAGAAUGAGGAGAAGGAUUCUAGGUUGCGGCAGUUGGAGCAGGCGGUCAUGGCGUUGCAGCAGGGGAGACGAUGA